GCCUUUUGAAGGCUCCGGUCGGAGCGGUGGUCAGAGUCAAAAAGAAACCUUCCGCUGCGUGUUGGGCAGUUAACCCUCGCCAGGAGGAACACCGGGGGGGGCGGGGGGCGCGAACUUACUCGGUCCAUUUAAACUCUGUGGAAUGAGACUACGAGCGGCUUCCUUCCCCGCCAGGUGCUGAAGGGGGCGAUUUCUUUUUUGGAAAAGGAGCCAGGGGAUCAUGGCAAAGAGAGUAGCAGUCAUUGGUGCUGGGGUGAGUGGACUGACAUCCAUCAAAUGCUGCCUGGAGGAAGAUCUCGAGCCCACUUGUUUUGAACAAAGCAGUGAUAUCGGAGGACUAUGGAGAUUCACAGAAAAGAUAGAAGAACGCAGGGCAAGCAUCUACAAUUCAGUCAUCACAAAUACCUCCAAAGAGAUGAUGUGUUUCAGUGACUUUCCAAUGCCUGAGCACUUUCCAGUCUUUUUGCACCACUCCAAGUUUCUGGAAUAUCUGCGGCUGUAUGCGGACCAUUUUAAUCUGCUCAAAUAUAUUAGGUUUUAUACAGCUGUCAUACAUAUAGAAAAAGCUCAAGAUUACUCUACCACAGGCCAAUGGACUGUGGUCACAGAGAAAAAUGGAAAGCAAGAAUGUUUCACUUUUGAUGCUGUCAUGAUCUGUACAGGACACCAGAUAGAAGCCUACACACCCCUGGAGAGUUUUCCUGGUUUAGAGACAUUCAAGGGUAACAUCUUCCAUAGUAGAAAUUACAAAAGCUCAGAAGGAUUUGAGGGGAAGACAGUUGUGAUAAUUGGAAUGGGAAAUUCAGCGGCUGACAUUGCUGUGGAGACCUGUCGGAAAGCUAAGAAGGUCUUUAUCAGCACCAGAGGUGGCACCUGGGUAAUGAGCCGAGUGUAUGACAAUGGCUAUCCUUGGGACACCAUCUUUCACACUCGCUUCAACAACGUGAUUAGAAAUUCUCUUCCAUGGCUCCUUUUGCGAUGGCUGACAGAAAAAAAGAUGAACCAGUGGUUUAAUCAUGAAAACUAUGGCCUAGUGCCACGAAACAGGUCCCUGAUGAAAGAACCAGUAUUCAAUGAUGACCUACCAAGCCGUAUCCUCUAUGGAGCUGUGAUAGUGAAACCGCUUGUCAAGGAAUUUACUGAGUCAUCUGCCAUUUUUGAAGAUGGGACUGUAGAGGAGAAUGUUGAUGUCAUCAUCUUUGCAACAGGCUACACUGUUGCAUUUCCCUUUCUGGACAAGUCAGUGAUUGAGGUGGAAAACAAUCGUGUCCCACUGUAUAAACAUGUGUUCCCUCCUCAUCUGGAGAAGCCAACAUUGGCUUUUAUUGGCCUGAUCCAGCCCCUUGGGCCAAUCAUGCCCACCGCAGAGCUGCAAGCACGCUGGGCUACUAGAAUCUUCAAAGGACUUAGUUCUCUGCCUCCAGAGAGCACCAUGGUGACUGACACCAUCAUAAGGAAUGAGAAGAGGAUCAAAUGGUUUGGUACCAGCCGCAGCCAGUCAAUCCAAACAGAUUUCAUUACCUACCUGGAUGAACUUGCUGAUGAAUCAGGAUCAAAGCCAAAUCCGUUCAUGCUGCUGCUGAAGGAUCCUAAGCUGGCUUUGACCAUCUUCUUUGGGCCCUGCAGCCCAUUUCAGUUCCGCUUGAUGGGGCCAGGAAGAUGGGCUGGAGCCAGGAAUGCCAUCCUCACCCAGAGAGACAGAAUUGUGAAGGCCACGAAGACACGAGUUGUGGAAAAGUCUUCGGAUCAGAACCUGUUCAGUCUCCUUAAAAUCUUCGGCUUUCUUGUUCUCUUGGCUGCAGUUUUCCUUUCCCUUCGCCAGCCAUCCUCUUCACCCAGUGAUGAACAAUGAUGGCCUGAAUGCUGAACAAGCAGAAUGCCUGCUCAAGUUAUGCAUGCUUCUUUCUUCUUGCAAUAAUCAGACUAUUCUGUGCAUCUGUCAGGUCACUGCAGUCUUUAAUGAUACCAUACCUGAGUAGUUUGCCCAACUUCUCAGGUACUCCUUCGAUUUCAGCAUAUAUUCCCAAAUGGAAAGAAUAGAGGAGCCUGCAAAUAUGUCCUCUGGAAAUUAUGAAAUAUGUAGAUGUGCAGAAAGUAUCAAUGCGGGUCCACUGAUUCCUCCCAAUCAAUAAAAAAUCCACAUAGUCA